AUGUCCGCCGCAAACUUCCGCCUCCGCGUCACCGCUGGCCCCACCUACGACCGCCGCACCCACACCCCCGUCCCCGUCAACACCUCCUCGCCACUCACAAUCAGCACCCCCGCCUCCACAACCACACUGCACAUCCGCUUCUCCUCCUACAAGAGCCCGCCCAGCCAGCCCCUCCCCCCGACCCACCCCUACUUCACGCACCCCACGCACGCCAAAGAGAAGGACCUCUACUCCUUCCAGCUCCUCUUCACGCCCGCCGCCGACAUCAACGGCGCCGACCUCGUCUGGGGCAACGACUUUGACCGGCCCAUCCGCGACCUGCUGCCCUACGGCUUCGGCGUCUUCUGGAACAUCGGGAAGUGGAUCGACCCCGGGCUCGAGGGCGACCUCUACGAAGACAAGCCCUGGGUGUGGGGGAGCGUCCUCAGCAGCAUGAACGUCAUCGCCGUUGCGCCGCCCGGCACUAGCACGCCGCAGGAGGCGGAGAUCAGCGACGUUGUGCAGACGGAGAUGCAGGUGCCCACCGCGGCCGAGGCCUGGGGCGGCGACACGGUGCUGGAGGAGGACAUGGCGGCGGCGGCGGAGCCCGCGGGCAUCCCGGUGGCGGCGGGGGCGAGGAAGAAGUUCUUCUUGGAGCGGGCCAAGAGGGAGUCGUUUACGUUCCGGAAGGGGUGGAGGUAUGGGCUGGAUUUCUUUGGGCCGUGGCUGGAUUUUGCGAACUUUGAGAUUCGCUUGCCGGGGUAUGGGCUGAAUCUGCUCAAGUAUUGGGAUGGGCAGCCGGUCAGGUAUACGCUGAGGAAUACGAGGACGGGGGAGGUGUAUGCGUGUGUGUUGCUGGACUUUGUGGAGGUUGGGAAGAAUGGGCUGGAGAAGGAGAUUGUGAGAUGA